GCUCGCUGCUUGCUGCCUCCCACCAACUCACCUCACCACAACCCCGAGCUCACGAUCAAACACACGCACAGGAGGCGCAGGAAAGAGAGACCACGAGUUAGUUUCCUGGAGAGAGACACCACCGCGAGAUCAGCGUUGGCAAUGGGGCCGAACACGUCGACCUUGAGCAAGGCGGCUACGGCGGCGCCGAAGCGGGCGUACGUGACGUUCCUGGCCGGCGACGGCGACUACUGGAAGGGCGUGGUCGGGCUGGCCAAGGGGCUGCGCCGGGUGCGCGCGGCCUACCCGCUGGUGGUGGCCGUGCUCCCCGACGUGCCCGAGGAGCACCGCCGCACGCUGCGCGACCAGGGAUGCGUCGUCCGCGAGAUCCAGCCGGUGUACCCGCCCGAGAGCCAGACCCAGUUCGCCAUGGCGUACUACGUCAUCAACUACUCCAAGCUCCGCAUCUGGGAGUUUGUGGAGUACGAGAGGAUGGUGUACCUGGACGCGGACAUCGAGGUGUACGAGAACAUCGACCACCUGUUCGAGCUGGAGAAGGGCCACUUCUACGCGGUGAUGGACUGCUUCUGCGAGAAGACGUGGAGCCACACGCCGCAGUACAAGAUCGGCUACUGUCAGCAGUGCCCCGACAGGGUGGCCUGGCCGGAGCACGAGCUCGGCCCACCGCCGCCGCUCUACUUCAACGCCGGCAUGUUCGUGCACGAGCCCAGCCUCGCCACCGCCAAGGACCUCCUCGACGCGCUCGUCGUCACGCCCCCAACCCCCUUCGCAGAACAAGAUUUCCUAAACAUGUUCUUCCGGGACAAGUACAAGCCGAUCCCACCGGUGUACAACCUGGUGUUGGCCAUGCUCUGGAGGCACCCUGAAAGGGUCGAGCUCGACAAGGUCAAGGUCGUGCACUACUGUGCCGCGGGGUCGAAGCCGUGGAGGUACACGGGGAAGGAGGCGAACAUGGACAGGGAUGACAUCAAGAUGCUGGUGAGCAAGUGGUGGGACAUCUUCAACGACGAGAGCCUGGACUACAAGGGCCCGGCGCUCGACGACGUGGACCAGGCGAGGCAGCCGCUGCGCCAGGCUCUGGCCGAGGUUGGCGCCGUCAAGUACUUCCCCGCGCCCUCGGCAGCCUAGGCUUGCCGGGACGGUGGCCGGCCGGCCGGCCUUGCGCGCCUCCAUUCUUCCAGCGAAGAUUAGGAUUUAUGGGCCGUGCCGGUGAUUAAUCAGUCAAUAUUAUUAGCGGUCUACACGUUUUGGUAUUGUAGAUCGGUACUGUUGAUACAUUCUCCAGUACUUAAUACCUUAAUUCAGGUUGCGUUUUUAGUUUUGAGUGUGGUUUGUUUACAUGGAAACCAAAAAAAAAAAAAGAGGGAACGAAGUGUUAGAUCAGUUUGUAAGUACGUAAGGUUGAUCUAACUAUAAAGAUCUGCCUGCUAUGUGCGUACGAGUUUGCUGAGCCAUUUUUAAGCUAAUAAAUAUUUUUCCUGGUUUUCUUUA